UGGAAAUUGAAAAAUAAAUCUUGCUUGGAAUUGGGUCUUGGGAUUAGAUUAAGAUUAUGCCCAAAAUACUUACGUAAAUUUUAAAACAAAAUGGCGUGAAAUAGAUAAUCCUUUCAAGAAAAUAUGAAUUUCCGAUAAUGCUUCAGUGUAGUGUUAUUGUUAAUCCGUAAUGACCUUUUCAUAGUGACCGCUAAACUAACAAACAGUAAUUUUUCAUCUAUCAAUCCUAUUUGUGUACAAAAAUAAAAUUGUUUCCGGCAAUAUGUUUUCGAAAAAUUUAACUACUAAAGAUUCAUUCUUGGAGCAAAUGAAAGCGGCAAGAGAAGAGCGUGCUUUCGAAAAAAAGCGAGAACAGUCAGCAACCAAAAUACAAGCAAUUGUUCGAGGCUGGCUUGCGAGACAGCGCUUUAUAAAACUUAUUUUAGAUGGAUUUGAUCACCUAGUACCUGAGGCAAGCCAUGGAUCUCAAGAUGAAGGACAACAGAUAGAUUUUGUACAAGCCUUAGAUGUAUAUAAAGCAACUUGCCGCUUGUUUCUUGUAUUUAAUUCACAAAGGGACCGGAAAAGAUUUGAGAGACUCUGCAAGUAUAUAGUCCAGAGCCUGCAUUCAGAGUCUGUGAAAAUAUCUUAUGUAGGAGUGUUUCUGAAUAAAGAAUAUAGCUUAUCCUGGAUAUCACAUAUAAAGGAUCUCCUACAUAAAUGUUGCCAGUAUCUAGAGCAACUAAAGCCAGAGUCCCCACUGGAUAUGCAGAGUAUACUCAUACAUUUACACACACUGUUGGCGUUUACAGCUACAAAUACAUGGGCUUUGACUCGCCUUAAAAACUUUGAUAAGUUGAGAGGAGGAAUGACACAGCUGUGUGCUAAUGUGAUGGGCUCACUGUUUCAUAAGGGUUAUUAUUUGACUUUGAAAUCUCUUCUGCUUCGAGGUUUGUGUCGCGAAAAAGUGAGUCUGAAGAACAUAGCGUUGUCUGCAAUUGUCGCCCUCGCUCUGCGCCCUCUUAUCUCAGCCCAGUUUUCUGAGAAGCUCCUCACUAUGUUUAUAAUACAGAUAUUAUCUGUUCCUACAUUGGUGUUCCACAUGCAGCAAAUAUCGCCUGAGUCAAUAUCGACGUUCCGUACGCACGCACUAUUCGACAAGUCCAUAGAGUUUCUGAGCGCAGAUCAAAAUAUGAGAAUUGUGUUCAAUACAUUGGAAGGCAACUACGCGUUGUGUCUUUUGGGAAAUCUCAUACAAAUGGCUCAUAUUGAACGGGAUCACGCGCUUAACGAGACUUUUUAUCCUACCUUUGUGCUUGUUUCGACCCGAUUCCUUGACAGUUGCCAGCAAUAUGUGGUGUGUAAGAAGGGCAAUUUAAGCAACUGGCACCCAGUGUUGGGGUGGUUUUCACAAAGCUUCGACGCCUACCUGCCACCAACUAUGGGGAACUUACGGAUGCAAUUAUCUUUAUUAUGGGGUGCGCCGUUAUUGAAGAAAUUAUUAGCGGUCCCCUUGAAGGAGAUGAUUGAUGGCGGUGUGGGAGAAGAAGGAGCGGGACCCUCACAGCAAUCGUCGCCGUUGCAGAGUAACCCAGCUGCCUUUAUACGGAGAGCAAUCGAAGCUAGGACUAAUAGGGGCAACUCAAAUAAAAACUACAGAAAACUUGGAUCUCCGGAUUGUACAAAGGUUGCGCUUAUUUGCUCGAUGUACCACACUGCGUUACAGACUAUGACACAGGUCAAGCUUGAUAUUUUAACAGGGCUCUGCAAUCAAGACGAGAUUCUAUAUUCUUUAUGGCAAUUCCUGUGCACUUUGGGACCAAACAGCGGGUUGAAAGCUUUUUUAGACCUUCUCGCUGUCAACACUAAGUCAUCUGCGCCGGAGUUUCAAAUGCUAAUACUAUUCGCAGAUUGUAUGACACAUUAUGUUACAAUACUUGACGAUAUGGAAAUGUAUGAGAAGCAAGAACCAUUCAAAUUGCAGGAUUUCGUCAAUAUGUCGUCCUUCUUGAAUAUGUUCAUUUAUAAAUCUAUAAUAGGACAAUUAUUUGAUCUAAGAACUAUCCAAAGCAAUGACGUGUUCCGUUCAGUGCACACGUUGCUACUGGUGUUGUAUCGCCGUGACUGUCGACGUGCGUAUACGCCGCCGUCCCAUUGGCUAGUGCGGGAUAUACGCGACUCGCACUUUAUGGCCGAUCUUGAGAAGGGGAAGAAACCUCAACAGGUACUGGUUCAAAAGACGCCGCACAUGAUCGCACACGGUGAACGAGUAAGGUUGUUCAGACGGGCAGUGGCGGAUGAAAAGGUGGUACUAGGCCUAACUGAACGUGCGUGUGGGGGUCGGUCCACAUUAGUGACGGUUCGUCGUAAUAGAUUAGUAGAAGAUGGCUAUAGACAACUUGCGGCGUUGCCAAGUAGAGCCUUACGCGGUGUGGUUAGAGUCCGAUUUAUUAACGAACAGGGCCUGGAUGAGGCUGGAAUUGACCAAGAUGGAGUGUUUAAAGAAUUUCUGGAAGAAACAAUAAAACGAGUUUUCGACCCCUCACUAAACUUAUUCCGGGUUACGAGCGAGGAACGACUUUAUCCAUCUCCGACUUCAUGUCUUCAAGAUAACCAUUUGCAGUUAUUUGAAUUUAUUGGACGAAUGUUAGGAAAGGCAGUGUACGAGGGAAUAGUGGUAGACGUACCAUUCGCAUCGUUCUUCCUUAGCCAAGUGCUGGGACAAACACAACAGGCGUUAUACAGCUGGAUUGAUGAGUUACCAUCGCUAGACCGAGAUUUGUAUCGGAGUCUGACUUACAUCAAGCACUUCCAGGGUGACAUAUCCAGUUUGGAACUGACCUUCUCAGUGGACGAGGAACGUCUGGGUGAAAUUGUGACUCACGAAUUGGUUCCCGGCGGCAAAGCUAUACCAGUUACAAAUGAAAAUAAAAUAAACUACAUUCACCUAAUGGCACAUUUUCGGAUGCACACUCAAAUCAAGGACCAGACCAACGCCUUUAUUAAGGGGUUUAGAGCUAUCAUUAAUCCGGAAUGGUUAUCGCUGUUUUCAACACCGGAGCUACAACGGCUCAUAAGUGGUGACAACGUACCCCUGGACCUGAGAGAUCUCCGUCGUCACACGCAAUACUACGGCGGAUUUCAUGACUCACAUCGCGUUGUCUGCUGGCUUUGGGAUGUUCUGCAACGGGACUUUAGUGAACAUGAAAGGGCACAGUUUCUUAAGUUUGUGACAUCGUGUUCAAAGCCACCGGUCCUCGGCUUUGCACAUCUUAAACCACCAUUUUCUAUACGAUGUGUUGAAGUGGGCGAUGAUGAAGACACGGGUGAUACUAUAGGAAGUGUAAUAAGAGGCUUUUUUACGAUACGCAAAAAAGAUCCCUUGAAUCGACUACCGACGUCCUCUACUUGCUUCAAUCUGCUCAAACUACCAAACUACCAAAAACGAAGUACGCUACGAGACAAAUUGCGAUACGCAGUAAAUAGCAACACUGGGUUUGAACUGUCAUAAAGCGUUAGUGUUGCCAGUUUUACGUUAAAAUUUGGGAAUUUAAAUUGUCUUAAAGAAUAAUUACUGAAUCUUUUGCUCAUAAUUUAAACAUGUUGAUAAAAUUAUGUGCAUACUCAAAUGAAUUGGGGGUCAAAUGCGUAGGACAAAAACAGGGAAAUCGAAUUUCUAUUACUCCUUACGAGUAAGAAUAAAUUGCUGUCUUAUUGCAAUUAACUACUAAUGACCAAAAAAUUAAAUUAUGAAGAGUUUAUGUGCGCUUUUAACUUCGAUGCCUUAGCGGUUAAGGAAGACGACUAAGCCGGAGGUUCUGGAUUCGAAUCCCGACGAAUCAAUAUACGAGGAAUAGUGACAACGAUAUCUGUAAUUAAUUUGUGUUUUAUAUAAGGUUGAAAGGUCUCACUUACGAUCUCGUAAAGUACGUAGCUUGACUAUAUAUCAAAAACAAAGUGUCCGCUUCAGAUACUCAAUCUCCAAAACCUGGAUGGAAUGUUUGAAACUGGAGCUGUUUCCUAAGAUGAUAUAUUUGUGAUUCAAAAAUAAACAUGUCUAAAAGGCUUUUAGUUUCCGAGAAAUUUGUGGAUAUAUUAACAAAAUUUUGUCCACGCGCUUGCCAGCCUACUCAUCAUCAAUUCCAAUAAUAUCACACUUGCAGGUCAAACUGACAACCCUCUUUUAAGUCGGUUAAAAUAGCUAUUAAUAUGAGUGUGAUUGUUUAUAACUGAAACAGAGAAUGGUAUAUGGCGCGAAAAAGAAAAACACAGACUAUUAUUUGUCAUUUCACUAUAAAGCUGAUUAUUCAGCUGCAAAUUGAAUAUCAUUUAUUAAAAAAUGCAUCAGUAAUUGCACUAAUUUAACUAAGAGUCUAAGGUACAGUAGAACUCCAAUUAUCCGAACUCCGACUAUCCGAAUCGCCGAUUAUCCGAAUCACAAAAAAGACCGCAAAACAGCUUACAUUGACGGAGAUGUUUAAAAAACAAUGAUUUUUAUUUCUAAACUUGUACGUAAGUACAUUUUAUUUAUAUUUAAAACAUGUGAAAAUUUCAUGUUUCUUUCAUUUACUUCAAUAAAAAAAUAGUGCAAUAUCAAAACGUAGCUUUUAUUCUCUCCAAUGGCAAUUU